AUGUCACUGAGCCUCAGAUGGAGGACCAUGUCCCUGAGCCUCAGUUGGAGGAGGAUGUCCCUGAGCCUCAGAUGGAACAUGCUGAUGAUGCUGGAUUCCCCGGAGGACCUAUGUUGAGACAUGUGUUGACACAGUAUGAGCACCACGUGGCUCGGCGGCUAUGGGAAGGAGAGGAUCGUGGACCGUUAAAGGUCAUUACUCAUGGAUUGAAGUUGAAGAAGUUUUCUGAAGUUCCUGUGCCACAUCCUGUAGAGCGUUGGAUUCGGGAAUCUGGGCUGCUACCUCUUUCUUCGGCCUACCUCACUAUGGUUGAUGCUGGUCUCGUCUCGGCAUUUAUUGAAAGAUGGCACAGGGAGACCAGCUCAUUUCAUUUGCCAUUUGGAGAGAUGACCAUUACUUUAGACGACGUAGCUACUCUCCUUCACAUAUCACCGAAUGGUAAAUUUUUUGAUGCACUUGUGAAUAUGAGUACUAAUAAUGCUGCUAGAGCUGCACAUGAGUACUUAGGUGCAACUUGGGAUGAAUCUCUAGCUGAGAUUAAUUUUAAUAAAUGUGCCCAAUAUAGAUUGCAGUGGCUGCGUGACUUAUAUAGUCGUCUCAUUCAAACUAAUCAGUUUGAGUGUGCGGCUAGAGCGUAUCUAUUGCACUUAGUUGGCAGCACCAUUUUCGCCGAUAAAACGCAUACGCGUGUGGAGGCGAAAUACAUUAGUUUAUUUAUUGAUUUAGCUCGUUGUCGACACUAUUCGUGGGCUGCCGCGGCAUUGGUUUUCCUGUAUGAUAACAUGGGAGAUGGGGCUGUCCACGACACUCGACAGUUAGGAGGUUACAUGACCCUUUUACAGGUAUUGACAUUUAUUUAA